CUUCAAAAUAAAAACUUGCAUUGUGUUGGUUGUCGGUCAUAGUCUUUUAUGUUGCUCCCCACUCCACAUGGUGCCAUAUCUCAUCUUGAGAUAUUCUCCACAUAUAUCCCUGAUUUAGUUAGAAGCUUCAUUGUUGCUCUUCUUCUCUACCAAAUUAUUAGCAUGUCAUAUUUAAAAGCAAAACUCCCAUUGUUUGCUCACCUAAUGCCCACUUUUGCUUUAUUUCUUAUUCUACUCCCUGGUGCUUCUCUCGCUAGGCAUCUUUUUAACCAGGACUGCGGCUCUACUUUCUGUGGGAAUUUGAAUAUCAGUUACCCAUUUCGAUUAAAAAACCAACCUCCUCAGUGUGGCUGUUAUGACCUGGAACUUGCGUGUGAGAAUAACAACCGCACCACUUUGGUUUUGAGGGAAGGGAAAUUCUUUGUCCAAAAUAUUUUUUACGAAAAUAAAACAAUCCAAGUGAUGGAUUCAAAUCUGGACAAGAAUGAUUGCAACUCCCUUCCUCUUAGUUCCAUAUAUUUCAAGUAUUUAGAUGGACAAUUGUAUUCCAUUUUUUCUUCUCCUCAUUAUUAUUCUCAUUCUCAUCAUUAUUAUACUUCUUAUUAUUAUUAUAGUAGAGAGUCAGAGGCUAGCAUUAUGUAUGUUGUGAAUUGCUGGAAACCUAUAAAAUCAUCUCAAUAUAUUGAUGCCUCUCGUUGUAUCACCAAAUCCAAUAUCUCUUUUCCUCCAACUUUCUUUUAUUUUUUAGACAGAAAUACAGUGCGGAAUCUCAAUCAAGCUUGCACUUUGGAAGCGGAAGUUCCAAUUAUGGUUAAGAGUAUAUCAGGCAUGUCUACAUUAGCUAUCUACAAUAAGCUAUCUCAGGGAUUUUACCUUUCAUGGUAUGAGAACCCAUACUUGGAACUUUCUGGAUUGCGAUAUGUGAUGUUUUGCUUUGGACUCUGUCUUAACGAAAUUGGUGUUUCCAUCAUACUGAGGCUCUUCUUUGGGAUACCUUGUUUGCUUGUACUUGUAAUCUAUAAAUGGAGAAGAAGACAUUUAUCUAUGGAUGAUAAGAUUGAAGAGUUCCUUCAAAGCCACAAUCUAGCUCCAAUUAGAUACUCUUUCAAAGAAGUUAAAAAAAUGACUAAAAAUUUUAAAGAUAAAUUAGGUGAAGGGGGUUAUGGUUCGGUGUUUAAAGGAAAGCUUCGUAGUGGACAUCAUGUGGCAAUAAAAUUGUUGUGCACAUCAAAGGGAAAAGGCCAAGAUUUCAUAAAUGAAGUUGCUUCUAUUGGAAGAAUUCAUCAUGCUAAUGUGACCAAACUUAUUGGAUUUUGUGUGGAGGGAUCAAAACAAGCUCUUGUGUAUGAUUUCAUGUCAAAUGGAUCGUUAGAUAAAAUCAUAUUUUCUGAAGAAAAAAGGAACACUUUAGGUUGGAAAAAACUAUUUGAUAUUGUGCUUGGGGUUGCUCAAGGAAUCGACUACUUGCAUCAAGGAUGUGACAUGCAAAUUUUACAUUUUGAUAUCAAGCCACACAACAUUCUUUUGGACGAGAACUUUAACCCAAAAGUUUCAGAUUUUGGUCUUGCUAAGUUGUACUCAGUAGAUGAUAACAUUGUCUCUCUCACUGCAGCACGAGGAACAAUAGGGUAUAUUGCUCCUGAAUUGGUUUACAAAAAUCUUGGAGGCAUUUCAUAUAAAGCUGAUGUUUAUAGUUUUGGAAUGUUGGUGCUAGAAAUGGUAGGAAGGAGAAAGAAUUUGAAUGCAUUUGCCAACCACACUAGCCAAAUAUAUUUUCCAUCUUGGAUUUAUGACCGGUUAGAUCAAGGAGAGGACAUGGAGUUGGGAGAUAUUUCUGAUGAUGAAAAAGUAAUGAUAAGGAAGAUGAUAAUAACAGCCUUUUGGUGUAUACAAUUAUUGCCUUCUGAUCGUCCUUCGAUGAAUAAAGUGUUGAAAAUGCUUGAAUCUAACGUUGAACUCUUUGAGAUGCCUCCAAAGCCAUUUCAUCAAGUUCCUCUUGAAACAUCAACUGAGGUUGAUAAUUGUGAGAACUCUAAUGAUGAGGAAAGUAGGUCAUUGGAUGUUGUUACUAUAACCAGUUUUAAUGUCGUUUAAUAUUGGAAACA